AUGGACUUGCGGCUGCUAGCGGCGCUCGGGGCGCUGCUGUGCGUCUGCUGCAGCAUCGAGGAGGGCUCAGCUUAUACGUUCAGGACUUUCAUGGGCGCGGAAAUUGCCGCAACUGCGAUCUCGAGCAGCGCGCUCGUGCAGCGUCCGUGCGAGUGUCGCGCGCUGUGCCGGGACGGAUGCAUGGCGGUAGCCAUCAGGCGUCAGCCACCACGCCACUUCCACUGCUCCUUCACUGAACGAACAAUCGCUGACACCAGCACCGGCCUUAUGGUCCCUGCACCUGACGCCAAGAUUUUCUACAAACGCCAGGGAUGCCUGCCUGGCUUCACGCUCGUGGACAACGUGGGCUGCAUUUACGUCUCCACCGUCGCACUGAACUUCACCGCCGCCGCCGCGUCCUGUCCCUUCGACUCCCAACUCUUCACCGCCAACUUCCUGAUCGACUUCAACGCCAUGCGGGAAUACUUACUGAAGAAUUUCCCGUCCUCUGUCAAGAACUUUUGGAUUGGCCUUGAACGUGCUUCGGAUAUUGUGACAUGGAAAUGGUUUGGAGGCGGAACCAUCGGAACAGCUAAACCCUCGCUGUACUGGGGCUAUUUGGACCCGAAUGGGAAGAACAUUACCUGUGCGGCACUGACUUACAUUCCCUCCAUUAAUUACUUCUACCACAUGGCCGAUGAGUCCUGUGAAAGCAUGUUCAAGUUUCUGUGCAGGCAAAAUUAAGUGUAGUUUACGACUUUGGAAUGCUUGCGUCUCUUUUGCCUUCAGCAUAUCUGCAACUGAUAAUUAUUUGGAGAAAAUUAAAUUUAUGAAAUCUUCGUAGUCAAACGAUUAACGUUGUUUAAAUGAGGAUAUCUGCAAUCCAGUAACACAGUUUUUUAGUUGCCAAUUCCUCCUACGACAUGUCUUUAACACUUCUACACACGGCCUUCAAUGCAAGAAACGGAAUUGGUAGUUUAUGCAAAUUUUCACAUAUUUUCACCUCGAAUUUCUCGUUUUUCGUCAAAAUUUUUUUUUCAAUAAUGAUACAUAAACAUGUCAGAAAAAAUCAUAUUUCGUGCGAGGCAGUUAUUAUUUAUUAUUUAGUAUCGCAUCACAGAAAGUUUAGAGUAUUUAUCACAAUUCACGAAUAGUAAUUCACCAUUAACAGGACACGUCUGGCGCCAUUUGAAUUAUUCAAGUGGUCGGGCCUUGGCUGCUGCAAUAAUAUAAAGUGAUAUUUGAGCUAGUAGACUUUGUUAUUUUAUUAACUAAUCAAUAACUUAUCAAGCCAGUCAUAUUUACAGGUUUGCCAUGCAAGCACAGCUAUUCAACCAGCAAUCGAUGCUUAUAUGUCCGGUGUAUCAUGUAGCGCUUAAUCGACGAGCGUGGACAUAUAGAUGUCAGUACCGUCCAGUUAAAUACAAUUUUUAAAGUUCAACCUUGGAGCAGAUGUAUCAUCUCUUAUUAGCUUGUCGAAAAUUUCCACCGCUAUCAUGGACAUACUUCUAUCUUUAGAAUCGUUUAAUGCCAUUGUACAACCAUGUUUCCUUUUACCUAAUGACUUUUUUCUAUUAUUGUAAAUGAGAUGAUAAUGAAAUUUAAAUUCGUUGAGAGAAAAUACUGAACGCUGUACCCUUCCUGAACUUCGAUGCUCAACAUUUAUAAAUCUUCAUGCAUGAAUUAUCUAGUUGAUCUAUGAACCUCAAAUAAAAGGAAAGGGGCUCAUAUAAACAGUUAUAUUUCAUGAAAAUUGGUGUGUAUCGAACGCAGCGAAAAUUAUUAAUUCUUUCACCAAGCCAACACGUCCAAGUUUGCUCGCUGCACCGCACUAGAGAGCUUCAGUCGUCUAUACAGGAAGGGUGUUAAAAGUUUCGUUUCAGCAUCGAAGUUCAGAAAUUAAGAUUAAAUACUUGUUUUGUGAUAAAA